AUGACGUAUAAGGUUCUUGACCACAUCGACGAUACACCAGCCCCUGACUCUGCAGAUCUGCAAUAUCAGUCUUGGAAAGAAUUGGACGCGUUGGUUUCUCAAUGGAUCUAUAGCACAAUCUCGGACGACCUCCUCACGCGUGUUCUUGACACCGAUGCUACGGCUCGCACCACUUGGUUAAAGUUAGAAAAAAUAUUCCUCAGUAACAAGCAAGCUAAGGUCGUUGCCCUUGAAUCACGGUUUGUUAACCUCACUCUUGAACAGUGCAACUCUGUCGAUGAUUACUGUCAGCAAUUAAAGAGCUUAGCCGAUCAACUUCAAGAUGUUGAUCAGUCGGUUACCGAGUCCCGGCUCGUACUCAAAUUGGUCUGUGGCUUACCAUCAGAAUUUGACACUACAACAGCCUUGAUUAAUAAUCAAAAGGCUGAUUGGGAUUUGGCUCGAUCAAUGCUUCAUGAUGAAGUUAUACGUCAGGAAGCCCGUACUCGGAAGACAUCUUCUGUAUUGGCCGCACCUGCUGCUCCGAACUCAAACUCCUCCGCAGCAGCGACCACUCAACCGUCUGAUACGUCUCAGCAACAAAGCUAUCGCGGUCAAUCAUAUCGUAGGCGAGGUGGCCGAUCCCAAUCCUACAGAGGCCGCGGUGGCCGUGGUCGCGGCCGCGGAAACCGACCACCUGGACCCAACAGUAACCACUGGGCCUUUCAACCAAACUCUUACCCGCAAUGGGCCUGGUGGACAACACCACCAUGUCCAUACGGGACUCGGUCACAAUAG